GUCCUCUAUCGUGAGGAAGUGGGAAGCUGGAUAGACGAACAUUAAUUGUAGCUCAAAGAAAAUAAAGCAUUUUUAGAUGAGAUAGUAAAGAAAACAUUUUUCUUUUCGAAAAGUGUUUUUAAUGUUAACUAGGAACUAACAUAAAUUGAAAUUUUGGAAGGCAUGGAAUUGGACAACGACAAGCCGCGCAAGAAGAAACGGCCGCACUGGAUUGUGAGAGGUCUCGGGCCGAGUUUUACUGCCUGCAUGGGUUUCGUAAUAAGCGUUCUGUACAUCACUUUCCCGUGCGCUUGGUUGGCUACUCAUGUUUCAGUAGCCUAUCCUGUGGCCUCUGCGAUGUUACUAACUGGGACCUUGGUAACUUUCCUUGUGUCAAGUUUCAUGGACCCGGGCAUUCUCCACCAAGACCCCCCAUGGCCAGGCACAGCAGAGGUGGCCUAUGUGAUAGUGAACGGUCAGAAGUAUGAAAUGGACUGGUGCAGUAGAUGUGAGCUCUACCUUCCCCCUGCGGCAUGGCACUGCCGUCGCUGCAAUGCCUGUGUGGACCGGUUCGACCACCACUGUGAGUGGCUGAAUAACUGCGUGGGGAGACGUAACUACCGUGUGUUCCUGCUCUUCCUCCUGUUGCUGACGUCAUACCUGCUACUGGUCCUCUCCUCCUCUCAGCUCUACCUCUUCCUCACCCUCCUCAUCCUGCAGCAGCCCUUCAGCCUGCCCCACGCCACCACUGUGGUCGUCAUGGUUACCAGCCUGGCCUGUGUUCUCUUGGUCUUGGUGAUACUCAUCAGCCACAUCAAGCUGAUCUCCAAUGGAGAGCCAUCCUCUACUAUAGAGCCCUACUUUGAGCCUGAUGAUCAGAACCCGUUUGAUCAGGGCUGCUGGAAGAACUGGACCCACGUCCUCUGUUCUAAGACUGGACCCAGGUAUCUGGGGGCUGUGAAGCCCAGCAGAGGAGGAGACACUGAGGGGGACUGGAGCAGAGUAACCCCUCUCCAUCAAGAGGACCUGUGUUUGUACAGCUGCGGCCAAGUCUCCUGUUGUAAUACCUGUAAACAUCACAAGGUGGCGGUAGGCCCAGCCAGCCGGGACCGUUUCAAGCACAACACACUGAGUCUAGACAGUCUGAAGGAAGGGAGAGGGAGUCACUACUGCUACAGGAAAGUAGUACCAGCCGGCUGUGUGAUAACAGACAAACACAGCAACAAUAAAAAACCCUCACAGAGCUCUGCUGUGGAGAUCCCAGAUAUAGUGGCUGCUGGUGAUGAGGACUUGGACCAGGAACGGGAUGAAGUUCCGAUCAGAGCAGCAAAGUAGCUUUACAUCCUGACCACCAGAGGGAGCUGUGUAGACCACCACCACAACACCAUAACCACCAGCCCCAGACCUGGACCACCUGAACACAACACCUGAACUUACAGAGACAGAAACACACUAGGGACCCAUCUAUAGGGUUAAACACUAACCCAAGACAUCUGAGAGAGAGAAAAGACAGGGAGGGAGACAGAGAGAAACAGAGUGCAUGUGAGAGUGAGAGAGAGAGCGCACAAGAGCGAGAGACUGUGUGUGAGAGAGAAAUGAAAGAGUUUGGUCAUACAAAUCAAACUUUGUGUUUAGUUUGAAGAGGGGAAAGGGGGAGGGGCUAAGCAUAAAAUAAGUAGGAGAGCCUCUACUGUUUAAAAAAAGAAAUAAAUACAUUAUUUUUUCUCAA